UUGGAUGUGCGGCAGCUCUAAGUCCUCCUCUUUGACCGCAGGUCCAUUCGCUCAACUACCUAAGUGAAGCCCAACAAGCGCUGGUCGAGCCCAGCCACCAUUCUCCGAGGCGAAAAGGAUUAUGUUCACAGACCUAUGCAAAUGGAGGAUCAGAAGGCGCUCCAAUCAGAGUGCAACUUCGAUCCAGAGGCGACCAAUGGGAAGUGAGCGGUGGCUAGGUCUUUAUUUAUAUUUGCUAGCCCAGCCCAGGCUCAGCGAGCUUGUCUCUUUCUCUGCUCUUGCUGCCGCUGUCACCGCUGCCGCCUCCGUCGUUGCCGCGGUAGUGUAGUUCUCUGCGGCCGGCUAAACGGCCUCUACGGCUCUCGGGUGCAGAGCGAGAUAAGCGGCGAGGACCGGGGGGGGGGCUCAGUCUCGCGAGCUCUGGCCUUGCCCCUGACUCCAGAGCCUUGUCUCCUCACAGGUUCUUUCUCCUCCCGCGAUGUCCGGUCGAGGGAAAUCGGGAGGCAAAGUCCGAGCCAAGGCCAAGUCGCGCUCGUCCCGCGCAGGGCUGCAGUUCCCCGUAGGCCGCGUUCACCGACUCCUGCGCAAGGGCAACUACGCUGAGCGCGUGGGAGCGGGCGCGCCGGUCUACCUGGCGGCAGUGCUGGAGUACCUGUCCGCCGAGAUUCUAGAGCUGGCGGGCAACGCGGCCCGCGACAACAAGAAGACGCGCAUCAUUCCGCGGCACCUGCAGCUGGCCAUUCGCAACGACGAGGAACUCAACAAGCUGCUGGGUGGCGUGACCAUCGCACAGGGCGGUGUCCUGCCCAACAUCCAGGCUGUACUGUUGCCCAAGAAGACCCAGAGCUUCAAAAAGUGAGAGGGAGACGCAGCUAGGAGGCGGAAGCCUAGCACCCCCGGGACCUGUCCUCGGAGCCGCCUGCAUCUGUCUGGCUCCUGGGUCCUGGUGCAGGGGCAGCCGGAGUGGGCUGUGGUUUGAGGCUCAAGGCUAGACGGCUGGAUUGGGUCCUCCGGUACGUCCCAAGGAAGCACCCUCCGACCCAUCGGUGGGGGCUGCUGUGCCAAGAUGUCUACCUCUCCCCUCCUAGGACGUAGACCCCCCCUCCCCCAGAGGGUGAGCCCGCCGCGGAGCUGACCGGAGAUGUGCAGGGAAGGGGACAGGACAGGUGGCCUCUCCCUCCCUUUUUUCCCCCUUAAAAACCCUCUACUCUGUAGGAGCUCUGUUAUUUCCUGUCGGAGGGUGGAAGCCGAAUUAAUUUAAUUCUUUUGUACAGGUCGGGUCACUUUAAUGGCGGGAGGGGGCUCCGACUUUGUCCUUUGGGUUCCUAAAAUAAACGGUUCCAUGGUGGCGUCACCAUUGCCCUCUCCCCGGUGGUUUGCUUUGGUACUUCCUUUCUAGAAGCCCUGGGUCAGACCUGGAGGGGAGGGAUGAACAGCUCCCUGGGCUCUUGAGGUCCUGGGAUGGAUGGUUGUGCUUGGAGAAAAGACUGCUGUGAUGGGCUGAGCAAAUCUAGCCAGGGCUCAGGAAAGCAGGCUCCUCCUCCCCCUCUCCCUGCUUCUUAGUCUCCGAGGUUCUCUUUCAGGACUGGGGUGAAGUCAGGGCUACCCUUCGGAGUAGAGGGAGGUCAGGCAUCCUGCCCGACUUGAGGGCGGUUUAGAAAGCCUAGGAAAUGCCCUGAAGAGAAAAAGGACAGCACCAAGGACUUGUUGGUCUGGGCCCCAGCCUUGCUCCUCUAAGCUUUGAAUCAAUUCUAGAUCUGGAAAGGACCUUGGAGAGCAAAGUUGUGGCAAAGGAGCCUGAUUUGAACACAGCUGUGCUCCUGGGGGACCUUGGGAGAGUAAUUUCCCUCUCUGGACCUCAAAUUCCUCUCCAGCAGAAAAUGAGAGGCUUCGGGAUCUCCAAUCCUGUGCUUUCAAGUCCGUGCUCUUUAUUUAACUGGAAGAAACUGAGGCCCAGAGAAAGAAGGAACUUGGUAUCGGACUGUCGGCUGAGUUUUCACAGAGCUGGGAAGAAAUGGAAAGUUCUUUUCCCCAGGAGUGGCAAACUAGGUUAAGAAGGGUUUAGACGAUCUCAUAAAUGGAGUUGUGAUCCAGAACAAACUUAGGCUGGAAAUAAAGAUAUCUGUGAGACAGUGGAUAGAGCAGUUGGGCAUGGAGACUGGAGUUCAAAUGUGGCCUCAGACCUUUCCCAGCUAUUGGAUUCUGAACAAGUCCCUUAACGUGUGUCUGCCUCAGUUUCCUCAUCUGUAAAAUGGAGAUAAGAAUAACUCUGACCUCUCAAGGUUGUUGUGAAGACAAAAUGAGAUGUCUACAAAGCACAUCGUAAAAUUGAAUGUGCUAUAGAAAGGCUAGUUAUUGUUAUGCCCCCUGUCUUUUAGCUUCUUGGACUGAGAGGUCUGCCCUUCCAUCCUCUGGCCCCCUUGAGAGCUAAGACUUCUUAGUCACUCUUUAAAAAACAAACCCAACAAUACCUUAUCAAGGUUCCUUCAAGAAGGUUCUGGGGGAUGCUGCUGUUCUAGUGUCCUUUCAAUAAAUGUUUUUUUAAACCCUUACCUUCCAUCUUAAAAUCAAUAUCUGUUUCAAAGCAAAAGAGUAAGGUCUUGGUAAUAGGGGUUAAAAGACUUGCCCAGGAUCACACCACUAGGAAAUAUUCAAUAAACAUGUAUUAAGCCCUCUCUGAAUGCAGAGCAGUAUGGCAGAUCCAGUGACCUGGAGCCAUACAAAGUUUAGGGAAGAGGCCGAUUCCUAUUUAUAGGCGUUUACAGACUUCAUGAGAGGGCUCAACUGCAUGGGUGCUUCUGAGAAUGAUAUGCCAAAGUAUGAAGCGAGGUAGUGUUGGGCAAAGGUCUUCAGGGAUGACUUCCUGGAGGAAGUGGCAUUGGAAUUGGGCUUUCAAACGUUUAACUUAACAUCUAGGAACUUGUAAAAACAUUUUUUAAUUAAAUAUAUUGUUUCUUUUGUAAUCCUAUUUAUUUGCUUUAUGCAUUUAAAAGCUUUAUUCUGACCAAAGGUGAAGAACCCCUGCUUUAAAGGAGAGAUUGGUCAUCAAGUGAAAUAUAGGGGGAGAUAAAUAUGGGGAGCAGCACUAGCGAAGGCCUGAAAGGAGGAGGAGGGAGUCCCCUGACACUGGAUGAGGAAGGAGAAAUUAGAUUGUGGAGGACCCAGGAGGCUAGUCUAGAUGACCUCUGACGUCCCUUCUUUUUUUUUUUAAUUUUAUAGUAUUUUAUUUUAUCAUUUCCAUGCAUUAUUCAUUAAAGACAAAGAUCAUUUUCUUUUCCUCCCUCCUACCCCCCAUAGCCAACGCGUGAUUCCACUGGGUAUCACAUGUGUUCUUGAUUCGAACCCAUUGCCAUGUUGUUAGUAUUUGCAUUAGAGUGUUCGUUUAGAGUCUCUCCUCUGUCAUGUCCCCUCAACCGCUGUAGUCAGGCAGUUGCUUUUCCUCGGUGUUUCUACUCCCACAGUUUGUCCUCUGCUUAUGGAUAGUGUUUUUUCUCCUGGAUCCCUGCAGAUUAUUCAGGGACAUUACACUGCCACUAAUGGAGAAGUCCAUUACGUUCGAUUUUACCACAGUGUGUUUGUCUGACGUCCCUUCUAACGCCAAUCUUCUAUAGAAAUGGAACAGAUAAAUGGCACAAGAUGGUGGUGGGAGAUGGUUGUUUGACUCUAGAAAGAUGAAGCCUCCUGAAGAAAUGUAUGAUGGGAUUUCAGGAAUUCUCUUAGGAGAAGGCACCCAACUCCCUCCUCCCACCUUGCUAAUAAGGACACUUUCCUGCUGGCCUGGUUCCAGUGAGAAGCCCGGGACAAAUGACCCGAUUUAGGGUCCCACCCUAUUUCCAUGCCUUGGUGUGGUUGCCAUGGUCUUUCCCUGAUGCCAUCUCUUGGAAUCCCGGCCAUAAUUCACGACUUCACAAUAGGUCACCUCCUUCAAGAGGACCUUCCUGAUUUCCCUCAGUCUUUAGCUCCCCCCACCCCACCCCAUAUCACUUGAUAUUUAUCUGCAGUCGACCCUAUUUACUUAUCUUUGAAUGCCUCGUCUCCCUGCACUAGAAUGUAAGCUCAUAAAGAGCAGGAUGGUUCCUCAUUUGUAUUUGAACCCUCGUUGCCUAGCACUGUUCCUGACAACAUAACAGUCGCUUCAUAAACGUGUUGAUUGACUCAUUAAACUCUAUACCUAUUUUUUCA